GGAAAAAUAAACCAGUGACAUUUGUUCUAUUUACACUAACAAAUUAAUAUCUCAUGUCUUCAUUCAGUCCUGUUUCAUCAGAUUAAUGGAACUUUUGGCGCCGGACUAUUAGCAAAUGAGCGGGAAACAAUAGAAUGUCACGUUGUGAUAGAUUUAGAUAUUAGGAAAUAUAUCGGAGCAUCUGGAAUACCCUAACGCCACGGUAGCAGUGCUUCAACGUUGCAAAUGGAGGUAGAAGUGGGGCGAUGGCUGAGCGAGAGCAUCGCGUCGGAUCCGUCGGCGCUUCGUUCUGCCACUAUCAAUUUACAAGCCGCCGAAGCAUCGCCCGGCUUUGCCAUGUCUCUGCUUUCACUUUCUGCAGUGGGUCAGGAUCCAGGACAACGGACUGCUGCGGCCAUAUAUCUUAAAAACUAUGUCCGUAAUCAUUGGAGUGAUGGUGGCUCAGCACAAUUAAAUGAGCGCCUUGAUUUUAGAAACCAGCUUGUGCAAGUGCUUCUUGAUGCUGAUGCACAGGUUGUGAGGCAUUUAGCUGAAGUGUAUUCUUUAAUCAUAGCAAAUGACUUUGUUCGGGAAAACACAUGGCCAGACCUAGUUACAGCUUUAAGAACAGCAGUUCAAAGUAGUAAUUUGGUGAAUGGAGCUACAGGAUUGCAAUGGAAGACAGUCAACGCACUUAUAGUUCUACAGACAACCAUAAAGCCUUUCCAGUACUUUAUGAAUCCAAAAGUGGCAAAAGAACCUGUCCCAGUACAAUUGGAGUUGAUAGCAGAGGAGAUCCUUGUUCCUUUAUGUAGGAUAUUUCAUCAUUUUGUACAGGCAGAGCAAUUUAGAGACAUGACUAUUGAUGCCUUGGAGAAGGAACAUGUUCUACUUAUUUGCUGCAAGUGCUUUCAUUUGGCUGUAAGGUCACACAUGCCAUCUUCCUUGAUUCCUUUAUUGCCUUCUUUGAAUAAGGACAUCAUGGUCCUUUUGGAUUCAAUAGCUGUUGAUAAGGACAUGGCAGAGUCUGGAGAGUCAAAGCUGAAAGUAGGGAAACGAUGUUUGCAGAUAUUCUGUACAUUGGUAACUCGCCACAGGAAACACACAGACAAAUUUAUGCCAGGGAUGGUAACAUUAGUGCUUAAAAUUGUCAAGCAGAAGCCACUAACUGACAAAUUUCAUUCCUUGCGGGAGCGCAUCAUUUCAUUAGCAUUUGAUCUGAUUUCACAUGUUCUUGAAACUGGUCCUGGUUGGCGACUAGUUGCAUCUCAUUUUUCUUCCAUAUUGGAAGAUGCAAUUUUUCCUACUUUAAGAAUGAACCAAAAGGAUGUGGUGGAGUGGGAACAAGAUCCUGAUGAAUACAUGAAUAAAAAUCUUCCGUCUGAUUUGGGUGAGGUGAGUGGUUGGAGGGAUGAUCUUUAUACACCACGGAAGAGUGCCUUAAAUCUUCUUGGGGUCAUUGCAUUGUCUAAGGGGCCUCCCAUGUCGAGUACAACUAAUAAGAUUGUGGCUACAAAGCGCAAAAAGGGUGGGAAGAGUACAAAAGGAAAAGGAGGUGAAGGAUCAGCUGGUCAGUUAUUGGUGAUACCAUUUCUAUCAAAAUUUGUUUGUCCUUUUGAUAGUUCAUCUGGACCUACAGACACAAUUAUGAAUUACUAUGGUGUGUUGCUGGGAUAUGGAAGCCUUCAAGAGUUUUUCAAAGUUCAAAGCCCUCAGCAUGUAGCAUUGCUGCUUCGAACUCGAGUGCUUCCUCUUUAUUCAAUGUCCUCACCUUCACCUUAUCUUAUUGCUAAUGCUAAUUGGUUGCUAGGAGAGCUUGCAGUAUGUCUUCCUGAAGAGUUAAACCAGGAGAUAUAUAAUGCAUUGUUAAAAGCAUUAGAUGCACCAAAUGUUGGAAAUAUAUCUUGGCGACUUGUCUGUGCCUCUGCAGCUGGUGCUCUUGCAGUACUUCUUCAGGAGGAAUAUGAGCCAGCAGAGUGGGUAAGCAUAUUACAAACUGCUAUAUCUGGAAUAACUAAUAAGGAAAAGGAAGAUGUAUGCCUUUUGUUGCAAUUGCUAGCUACUGCAGCAGAGAUAGGUGAAGAGAAAGUUGCUCUACAUGUGCCAAUGAUGAUAUCUACUAUCAAAGGGGAUAUCUCAAGGCACAUUCCACCUGCCCCAGAGCCAUGGCCACAGGUUGUAAAUUUAGGGUUUUCAGCAUUAGCUGCAAUGGCUCGAUGUUGGGAUAAUGCAGAACCUGGUGAAAAUGAGAAUGGAUCUAUAUCAUUAGAGAACUGGAAAGCUGGCUGUGUUUUAGUGGCUAGUUCAUUUUCUGAUCUUUUGCAACAGGCAUGGCUUUCUCAUAUGAAGGAAGGGAUGGUUUCUGAGAUACUACCUCCUCCUUCAUGUUUAAAUCAAGCAUCGGUACUACUAUGUUCUGUUUUGAAGUAUAUUAAUGAAUCUGAAUUGAUGACAAGACUCAAAGUUGAAGCUCUUUUACAAGUUUGGGCAAACUUGAUAGCUGAAUGGAAUGCGUGGGACGAGGAAGAGGAUCUAACUGUAUUUGAAGCAAUUGAAGAGGCUACUGCUUUUAAUGAAAAGUUCCCGUUAAAAAACUACAUAAAGUCAAAUAUUCCUCCACCACCUGUGCCACCUGUUACGCCACGUUCCAUUGUUGAAGCCAUUGCCACAUUCAUUAGCUCAGCAAUAGAGCUGGCAUAUACUGCUGCAACAUGGCGUGCUUGUUUGGUUUCGCAUUCUCUUCUUCAUAUUCCAAAGUUUUCAUUUGAUAGUGAAAGCACUAGGCAGACUUUAGUAACAUGUUUUGUGCAGGCAUCAUAUUCCCGUUUUCAGCAGCUUAAGAGUGGAACUGUGCCACUUGGGAAACCACUUGUACUAGUUAUUGCAGCAUGUUAUCAAUGUUUCCCAAGCUUGGUAGAGAAAAUUUUGCUAGACGAAAAUGACAUGCAUGAUCCUGGGAAUGGAUUUUUCAAAUGGGUUGAAGCUUUGGCUUAUUCGGCAAAUGGUUCUUCUGAGCCAUGUUUGUUGUUGGAAUCAGAGCUUAAGUUAGGUGUGAUGACAUUGGUUAAAGUGCUCGAACAUCUUUUAGCACUGGCUUGUAACCAAAUGAUGUUGGAGGUGGCACACAGUUGUUACCAAUCUCUGUUAGAAGCAACCAUUCGUUUGAAAGAAGUUCAGGAAGCAGAAGAUAGAGAAGAUGAUGAUGAUACAGAGGAUGAUGAUGAUGAUGACGACGGCAAUGAAGAAUCCGAUGAAGAGGACGAGGAUUCUGAUGAUGGUGGACAUGAAGAGACCGAAGAAGAAUUUUUAGAGAGGUAUGCUGAGACUGCACGUGAACUGGAAAACAAAUUGAUUGAUGAAGUAGAUACAGAUGAGAAUGGGCAAGAAAUUGAACUAGGUCUUCUGGGAAUGGCAGAUCAUUGGGCUGCUGUUUCUUCUUUGAUUCAAAAGUACCAUUGUCAUCUCAUUAAUGUAAAACCAUUGCCACAAGAGUUGGUUACCAGAUUUCUUGAGAACUUUCCAGGUUGCUCUCAGUUGUUUGGCUAAUUGUAACUUUGUUUAUGUGCCUCAGAAAAUUUGUAUGAAUAUUGUAUUAUAUGUAUUAUGCAGCUAUUUACUUUUCAGUUUCCAUGCUGAUAUUUAAUGCUUAUUGAGUAUACCAAUUUUGUAAGAAAUUUAGCUUUCAAGCUCGAUGUGUUUGGGCUUAUGUUUUUAUUGAGAAAACAAAGUGGUGUAGUCUACAACAAAACAGCAAGUGAUUAUUACCUGCAUUAUAUUCCACAGAUAUUGCUUAAGCUAUAAUGUCAACUUUGGUUGUCUUUAAUUAGUGCAUCUGCAGUCACUAGUCUUGAGGAGAGUACUGAAGCUGAUUUUAGACAUUUGAUUAUUGAUUUCAUAUUUUGUUGCAUCCCUGCCAAGCAAAGCUGUGAGCAUGUGUGCUUAAAGAGUGUGAGGUAGCAUGUGAGCAUUAACUCGUCAGUUCAAAAUCCAAUGUGUAAACAGAAUCAGUAUAAAUUUGAUAUAUUGAUAUGUUAUCAUAGUUUUCAGUCA